ACUGCUGUAGAAAGUGUGUGAAGAGAUUGAGAGAUUGAGAGAGAGAGAGAGAGGGAGGAGUGUGAACUGUUGGAUUAAUAGUGUUAAAAGUGAUAUAAAAGUGAAGGAGAGAUCAGAGGUGUAGAAUCAGAGAGGAAGAAGGUUUCUGCUGUAGAGCUCUGAGAUCUACUGCAGCUCUAAAUGGAGAUUUAACUGGAUUAAACUGCAGACCAGUGAUCGGAGACGGAGAUGGAGACCCUCUUUGCUAAAGCUCUGUAUGAUAACACAGCAGAGAGUCAGGAUGAGCUGGAGUUCCAGAAAGGAGACGUAGUUGUGGUGAAGGAGCAGAAGGUGGAGGGGAGCCCGGGCUGGUGGAGGUGUUCUCUACACGGGAGGGAAGGUCUGGCCCCGGCGAACCGGCUGAUACGACUUUCUGCGGCCGAGGCCGAAGCUCUGGGGUUUAAAACCUCCAGCAUUUAUCAGAUUCCCAGUGUUUCCCAACCCGUAGAGUCCAGCCCCACCUACGAGGUCAUGGACCGGGUCUACAAGGUUCCCUCCAAGCAAAUCCCCGUUCCUUUCCCACAGAAGCACCGAGCGCCGGAGGUGCCCGAGGGGAACGUCUCUCCACACAGGGUGGCGCAGGUUUCCUUCUGUUCAGAUGUGUACGACGUCCCGAGUCUUGCGAGAAAAGGCUCCCUAAACACAACACCAUCGCCACGGCCUUUAGUACGGAAUAAGUCUCUGCUGCCGCCUACACAGAUCCCCAAACGAUAUGAAACCAUGGACAACAGAAUGUGGAAACCAUGUCAAAACAAUGUCUACGCUGUACCGCCAUCAAUCGCCCAGGAGUCCAAUUACGACAUCCCCGUGCCUUCAAACAGUAGUGAGGUUCAUCAAAGACUUGCUUGCGGCUACAGCACUAUGCCCAACCCACGCAAAUCUGAAUGGAUCUACGACGUUCCCGUUACGCCCGAGAAGUCCUGUGCUAAAGCAGGAAUCUACAACACCAUGUCGCCAAAAGGUGCGAAUCCAGAACAACUUUAUGACACACUUCCAGCACGAGUUUCUUCUUCUAUGUCCUCUACGACGACGUCUACUUCCUCGCUCUACGACAUUCCCAAACCUAGUACUGCUGUGCAACAGUGCAUUAACUCCAGCAAGCCAGUGAAGGAAUCCAUCUACGAUAUUCCACCGUGUGCCAAGCCACGAGAACCUUCUCUGGAUGCUACAGGAGUCCAAAAGUUGCAGAACGUAAGCUUGAGCGAUUCUGACAAGGGAGUUGUUCCUUUGGAGUACAGAGGAAAGAGUGGACCCAUGUAUGAUUUUCCACGAGUGCUCCCAACGUGGGGCCGCCAGGGAAGACUAUCUAGCCAGUCGUCGGAAGGAGCAAUCAGCACAGAGACCGAGGAGAGCGUUGAAAAGGAUAGAAGACUAUCUGUGACCAACAACCAACGUAGCUCCAUGGCAUCCAUGGCAUCCACCACCUCCAGCUCUUCCAGAAGCUCCUGCGACUCCCUGAUGCUGAGCUCUCCUUCGCCUGAGCCUCUACGGGAGAUUACAAUGCCUCAAGAAGAGGUCUCCCAACAGUUGAUGGAACUUCAAGACAUGGUAUGUCGAGCCAUACCAAAACUCAUGGAUUUCGUAAGCAGCAGCUGGAGAAGCAGAGAGCACCUCGGCGAACAUCUCCAGGAAAUCCACGCAGCCGCAGAAGGCGUGGCGAAUUCCGUCACAAGCUUCCUCGAUUUCGUUCUGGACGUCAGAGGAAAUGCUCGGCGGCUGACCGACUCCAACCUUCAGACGAGGCUCCAGAAGCAGCUAUCCAUCGUGGAAGACUCCGGACUCAUCCUCCAGCAGUCUGUAGACGCCCUCGGUGGUUUGGGGUGGUCUCUCGAUGCCCUGGUUCAGGACCCUGGCCAACCACAUACUCCAGACCAGCUGGAGCGCUUCGUCAUGGUGGCUCGAACUGUGCCUGAAGAUGUGAAGCGUCUUGUGUCCAUCCUCAACGCUAACGGAAAGCUUCUCUUCAGAAGUGCGACGAAGGAAUCAGAGACACCCAAAAACGCCAGUCCCACAAACCCAAGACCGAGCCAAGGCAAGAGCGAACCACCGCAAGACUCGGAGGGAGACGACAACGAUUAUGUACAACUUCAGACGAAAACAGAGUUUGAGCAGCAGCAGCAGCAAAUGAAAACAGAUAACAACACAAAACCAGGCAGAGAAGAAGAAAAGAAGGAAAAACAGAUUUCCAAACCACCACCACCACCCCCAAAGCCAGCCAGCACCCCAAAAAGCCCCGGAACGUCUCAGAUCUCAGACCACUGCCGGCUGUACUUUGGAGCCAUUAAGAAAGCCAUCACGGUGUUCAUCAGCAGCCUGGAGGAGGGCCAGCCCCCCGAGAAGUUCAUAGCCCACGGGAAGCUGGUGAUCAUGGUGGGUCAGAGGCUGAUGGAAUCGCUGUGCGGUGAAGCUCAGAACCGGCCGGACAGUCAGGAGCUCCUCUGUAAGAGUAAUCACCUGUGCGCUCUGCUGAAACAGCUCGCCGUGGCCACCAAGAAAGCAGCGCUGCACUUCCCCGACCAAGUCGCCAUCCAGGAGGCGCAGGACUUCGCCAAGGAACUCGCUCAGAGAGCUCACAACUUCCGCAUGUCUUUAGACGGCUGAGGAAGACGCUGUUAGCUCUAGACCUUCGGGAUCUUGAAGCAUCCUCUACGAGUCCACAACGGCAGAUUAAAGGGGGACAAGCGAGACUUGUAGCUAAGAUUUGGCGACAAGCGACUCGGCGACAAAACGACAAGCGACAAAUAGAGUUGAGACUUUCUACACAAAUCCAUGUAUCAUUCGUUUUAUUCGAUUUUUUAAAUUGAGAAUCCAAAAUAGGAAAAUAAAAGAAACUAAUAUUUCGUUUUUUGUUUUUGAAUAUAAAACAAAAAAUAACUUCCGCAUGUCUUUGGACGGAAAUCAUCAUCAAAGACAGUCAACCUUCUUUCACAAGUAAAAGGUUUAUUUCCUUUAUUCAUGAAUGGAAUGGACUGUAUUUAUGUUCCUUUGGCUGCAAAAAGCAAACUAAAAUGCAGCGUAAAACGUCUUGGCUACUGGGAUGCCACCACUAGAGCAUUACUAAGCAGCAGAUUCGAAACGUAGAUAACUGAUGGUAAUCACAGCAGCCCUGUAACAGAUCAUGAGCUGAAAAAGCUCCUUUCCUUCUGCUCCGCUCUUAAACUGCAGCCCCCGCAGUUAGAACAACAUUUCCCUUAAAAUACUACGACUUCAUUAUUCUUGAAGUAAACUGUUUUUUUUUUUGGGCCACUAAUAUUACAAGAUUAAUCUGGUCUGUUUUGUUUUUUUCCUGGUCCAUUUUUGUUUGCAUCAUCAAAUAAAAAAACAGAAAAUGCAAGCAGUGAUUUGUUUUAGGUAUUAUAUUCAACAACGAAAAACAAAAUGAGGAGGUGUUUUUUUUUUCAUUUUUUAAUUAUGGAUUCUCAACUAAAAAAAAAAAAUCAAAAGAACGAAUGAUGCACGGAUUUAAAUAGAUUGGAUGAUUUUUGAUUCCUGUGGUGCUAUGCGUGUUAAUUUGCCCAGCAGUGCGUUUCUGAACAUGUCAGGGAGGUUUAUGGCUCUGAUUUUUGAUCAAAUACAGGAACAAUUUGAAGGAAAAUGAAGCGUGAAUGAAAUCAGCACAUGGCUUAAUAAUUAGCAUGCUUAGAUUAGCCUCCUUGCUAAUUCUGAAAACAAACAGACGGUAUGAGCUCUAUCUUAAACCCUGCCAUUAAAAGAUUAUAUUAUAUUUACUGCCAGAAGAGAACUCCCAAGCUAACAAUUUUUUAUUAAGAAAAUCAAAAAUAAGCAAAAAAUUGCACUUUUGUGAUUCAAACAUUUAGUCAGAAUUGUAGUGAGGAUAAUGUAUGUAUGUAUAAAGUAGAGAAAUAUACUAUAGGUAACUAUUUUUGUACAUUUUGCAGAAUCGUAUUGUCUGUUUCAGCACUGUGUAAAUAUUCUCUUUAAAUUUAUUGUUUCAAUUUUUACUUUUUCUACGCUUUUAUUCAUAUAUAUAUAUUUAGAAGCUUUUUGUUUGUAUUUUUUGCUUUAAUAUGAAAAACUGGCAUGUCUCCUUCAAUAUAACCAUAUUUACAUGCAUCAUUUUAGUAGUAAUACCAUUAAAACAUUGAGAUAUGCAGUUUAUAUGAUAUAUUGUAUGAUUUUGCAGUGCAAUGACCUUUAAACUUUAAACACCGUAAAAUAAAGUGGUGGCUCCCUCUGCUGGUUCUGAGGUAACUGCAAAUUAAUGUUUUAAUUCUUUGGAUUUUCACAAAUAAAGGACUUAAAAUAACAAUAAAA